CCGCGUCACGUGGCGAAGCAGGAAGAAGGUCGGGAGCCGCAGUGGACAUGACCUCCAGUAACGGGACGGGUCCCAAGCGGGUCCUGGUGACCGGGGGCUCCGGCCUGGUGGGCAGAGCCAUUGAGCAGCUGGUGCAGGGCGGCGAGGCGCUCCCCAGUGAGGAGUGGACCUUCCUGUCCUCCAAAGAUGCGGAUCUGACGAACGCGGCGGAAACCAGGGCGGUGUUCGCUCGGUGUCAACCCACCCACGUCAUACACCUGGCGGCCAUGGUAGGCGGGCUCUUCCGCAACAUGAAGUACAACCUGGAUUUCUGGAGGCAGAACGUCCACAUCAAUGACAACGUGCUGCAGACGGCCCAUGAACACGGCGUCACCAAGGUCAUCUCCUGCCUCUCCACCUGCAUCUUCCCCGACAAGACCACCUACCCCAUCGAUGAGACCAUGAUACACAAUGGACCUCCACACAGUUCCAAUUUUGGAUAUUCCUAUGCCAAGAGAAUGAUUGACAUUCAGAACCGGGGCUACCACGAGCAACACGGCCGUAUGUUCACAGCAGUAAUUCCCACCAAUGUCUUCGGCAUGUACGACAACUUCAACAUCGAGGAGGGCCACGUCUUACCGGGGCUGAUUCACAAGACGUACCUGGCGCAGAAGAACGGCACCCCUCUCGUGGUCUGGGGCUCGGGGAAGCCCAGGCGGCAGUUCAUCUACUCUCUGGACCUGGCUCGCCUCUUCAUCUGGGUCCUGAGGGAAUACCAGGAGAUUGAGCCCAUCAUCCUCUCAGUGGGAGAAGAGGAGGAAGUGUCCAUUAAAGAGGCAGCAGAGAGCAUUGUGUCGGCGAUGGGGUUCAAAGGCGAGGUGAUCUUUGACACGACUAAGUCUGACGGCCAGUACAAGAAGACGGCAAGUAACAGCAAGCUGAGGAAGUACCUGCCUGACUUCCAGUUCACCCCCUUCAGCCAAGCUGUCAAGGAGACCUGUGAUUGGUUUGUUGCCAAUUACGACGUGGCAAGGAAGUGAUGGAACGCAGGGCAGAUGAUCGGACGGCGGCUGCUCAUUCGUUGCUGGUGUGGGUGUUAACUUUGUUUGGGAGUAGAUGUCGGUAUAAUUUAAUGUAGGAACAGGUCUGAUCUGGGGCACAAGCAAGCUCAGGUUCCCCUUAUACAGAAUCUCCACAGUGGAGCCCCCUCCUCCAGCCCAGGUCUGUGCUGCACCUUAAGACAGUCACAGCAACUGUGGCCAGACUCAGUACCUGCAGGACAGCCCCUGUGAAGUGUGGCUGCCUGUCUGUGUCAGGGGGAUUGAAUUGCAUGGUAUUGCCAUCAAAAAGGCCUUUGCUGCUGUUUCUAGUUAACCCUUUCUUUGCACUGCCUCUUGACACUUGUGAUAAGUGUUUGGACCCUAAACUUUCAGUGUGGGGAUUCAUUGAUUGUGGGCUACCUUGCCACUUUAAGCUGGGGAAUGGGUAGCUACCAGGUGGUUCUAUUCUAUUGUUGGAAUCUAUGCCACUAGGCUUCACCAGAGGGUCUAUCUCCCUCCCUAUCCUUCUGCUCUGAGGUACAGUGGUAUCCAUACCCUACUGGUGGAAAUGAGACUAGUGGCUGGAAUCUAUGGAGGUGGUCAGGAGAAUAGUGUUCUUGGCUCUGUAGAAAAUAUUCACCAUGCCUUUAGAAGGUUGCUGUUUAACUAGGGGUGGGACAAGAUGAUUUUUAGUGAUGUACUAAUUUUGUACAGUGAUUUAACUAUUAAAGACUGUUUGCUAUCAAA